CCUGCAUUUGCCGUGACAUAACCAAGACGUCACCCGGGAUCUGCACCUGGGACAAUGCUAGUGUGCUCAGACGACAGUUUCGACAGCUUAAGGCAGCUCCUCAUAUAAACUGAGCAACUUUUGGAAUAGUCAAGAUUAGAGAAAACUAUUGCCGCAAUGUCAAGUAACAUGAUCCGCAGUAUGGCCGCCCGUCGGGCAAUCUUCAGGACCGCACCUCGCAACACCACAGCCUUCCUACCUCGCUUCUACGCAUCAAGCACCCGCGGCGAAGCAGGCGCCACAACUAACGUCCGCGACUCACCCUCCGCCAGCCAAGAAUCAUCUAGCGUCAAUUCCAGCAGAGGCGCGGAACGACAUGGUACUUCGACCGGCGGUUCACCCGACAGCGCCAGCGUGCAAACACCCGUAUCCCAUCCAAGCGAGGCCAAUGCCGCGACAUCAGAGGAGCCGCAGCCGAGUCAGGACAACGUGAGGAGUGACCCUAGCGAGCCGGACCAUGUGAAGAGGCAGAAGGUGGAGGAAGCGGGUCAGACGCCGCUGGAUCCGGCGAAUAAGUAGC